GUGCUUCUUGGGGGGUUAGAUUUUUGGGGAUACAUGCAAUGCCGAGUAAAUCGUCUGCAAUCGUCUCAUUAGUUCGUUUUCAUUAAAGUUCUUAUUAGAUGAAUUAAAUAAGAAAAAUAUAAUUUUAUAAAAUUGGAUAACAUAAAUCUUUAUAUAUCUGUCAAAGGAUACGCCAUUUUCAUACAUAUAUUCCAAGGGUACAUAAAAGAUGGAGAGUCGCUGCUCUUAAUGAUAACUCUACCUCAGGAAAACAAUAAUGGCGUAUUCAGUGAACGUCUCUGUAGAAGCACCGAUCGAGAAUCAGAUUCAAGAAAUCACAUACGAUGGACAAGAAAUUUACCAAGCACCUCUUACAUUGUCUGAGAACUUGGCAAAAAUCGCGCAAAAGAUUGAUUUUAGUAAAACCAAUGGUGAAGACAUUAAGAAGGAAUCCGAAAGUGGAGAAAAGGGUGAAGAAGAUACAAAAGACUCGGCUUCUUUUCAAUCAUCUUUAUGGCCAUGGGAUAGCGUCAGAAAUAAAUUAAGAAAUGCAUUGACAGAGGUAUGUGUGCUAGCUGAUGUUCUUGCAAUAGCAAAGGAAAAACAUUAUAUGGUUCUUGAUCCUGUGCCACAAGAACCAGCAGAAGUGAAGCCUAUGAUUCAAGUAUAUGCUAGAAAGAAAGCAUUGGCUGGAGCUGCAUCUGUUAUUAUGAUGGGUGCUGAUAGAUUAAAGAACUGUCAGAAUGAACUAGCUAGAAAUAGAUCAACCCCAGACUUUCAUAUUGAGUUAUUGAGAUUGAGACAAAAUUGGCGUUUGAAGAAAGUUUCCAAUUCAAUCAUUGGUGAUCUUAGUUAUAGAACAGCUGGAUCUAAAUUCCCUCAGACUGGGAUGUUCGAAGUUACAAAAGCAGAAGAAGAAGAAAAGAGUAGUACAAGUCCUCCUGCAUCUCCAAGUGCUGGUAAUAAUGUGUCAGGUCAGACUCAUCCUCCAAAUUCCAAGGCUUCUGCUUUGAGAGUUACUAUCCCCAGCGAAUUACAAGGUGUUGCUUAUAUAGAAGUAUUAUGCCAAAAAGAUCAAGAAGAUUUAUGCAGUGCAAAUAUUAGUUUACUUAAUAAUAGUGCACACAGUUCCAACGCAGACAUGCAUUGGCAGCAGAAAUUGGAGGCUGCACAAAAUGUUCUUUUUUGUAAAGAAUUGUUCAGUCAAUUAGCGAGAGAAGCAGUACAUUUACGUGCGCCUAUACCUCACAUGGUUGUUGGCAAUCAAAUUAUGGCAACAGUAUUGCCUGGAAUUCAGUUAAUCAUAGGACUCUGUCACAGUACGGGGAAUGACAAAAAACCAGCCGCUCCUCCUCCUCAUAAAAGCGAUCAUGAUCAUGUUUUAGAACAUUCUUUGCAUCAGCUUUUACGCGAAGUUCAUCACAAAAAUACGCAUCAUCCGUUUCCACAUCCUUCUUCAGGACCUCUUGGACCCAGUAAAAGAAGGUGUUUAGCUGGUCCAACAGCCGCAGAUAGAUAUGAACUUUUAGAAAUGACAAAAAGUCAAACUCUCUUAGAACAAAUUAUUCAACAAGCUCAACACUAUUUCAUGCGUUUACGCACUGAAUAUGUCUUAGAUACAAUAGCAAAAGAAGUAAAAGAUCCUUUGAUUGUUUCUCAUUGGAACGCGUUAAACUCUCCUACUCAAUCCUGUGUAAAAAUUAAUAUUUUAACACAUGGAUACGAUACAGUAUGUCGAACGUCGCUUGUUGUUCAUAUAGGAGAAAAGUCUUUGAAAUGUGUCUGUCGGGAUGGUAGAGUGAUGCAUAUGAGUUAUGAACCUCAAGAAUUACGGGACCUGAUAUUUUGUCAGAUUUAUCAGCACCAAAUAACAGCAGUACAAGCAUUAGCUAAAUGUAUGGGAUGGCAAUUUCUAGCCAAUAGUUCGCAUCUUGGUUUAGGCGCAGUGGAACCUUUAGGAAAUGCUAGCAGUUGUAUUUUAGCUUCACCAAUAGGCGAUAGGAUGAUAGCUGUUAGAUGUGAACCACAAACGGGAGUACAAGUUGCGAUAGCUCAUUCCCCUAGGAAAGAUUUUUUUCCUGGACAAUUAGUAAGAGAAAGAAAGUGGGAAAAUUUGGGUGGUUCUUUCAAAGAAGUUCGGUGGGACAAAAUGGAGGGGAAGAAUUUUUUAAACAAAAUGGAAUUACUUAUGGCUUCUUUAACAAGCUCGUAAAUCAAUCGACGACUGAUUAGGAAUUCAAUUGUUCCACAGGGUGAAAAAACGUGAUCAUACAUUCAGAUUUUAUCUUGUAUCUGAUACACCAUACCUUUCUACUGUAUAAUUGAAGAAUAAAUGAAUUUGUUCGAGUGAUAUCUCGUGAUUCUGAAAUCUGUGAUUCAUUUUACUUUCUAAACUUUUCUUUGUCUCAAUAAAAAAUUUAUUAAAAUAUCGAA